AUGGCUUCGAAGUCGAAAGAGAAAGUGAUUCCUCAUUACCUCAGAGCAUCUACUGGUUCAUGUCAUGAUAUCUGCAAAGAAGUUGUGAGUGGUGGGAUGAAGAAGCCAGAGGCAUUCAUGAUACCAUCUGGUGAUGAAACUCCGGUGAAGAAGAAAGUGUCAUCAUCACUAAGUUCCAAACCUAAACCUUCACCAGAUUCGCUAUCUCGUAGUGUUGAUGCCCUGAAGCCAAAAGUCUUGACGAAGUCUUAUUCGGCAUUAACAACGUUGAAAUCUAAAGUAAACAAGUUGCUUCAAAGAAAGUCCAAGAGCCAGAGCUUAAAGGCUGCAUCUUCAUCCCUUUCUCGGCCAAAUCAGAAAUUGAGGAAUGUGAAGCGCACUGAUGAGUUUAAUAAGCAGUUAGAUGGUUAUCCAGUUGAGGAGAAAACAUUGCACGUUGUGGAGAUGGAAACAACGAGCAAAGUGGUCUCUGAACAUGAUCAGAAUCAGCAGUCUACUGUUGAGCCUUUCCCUCCUCUUUCACCGACUGAGUCAACUCAAAAAGACGAUGAGUGUACUGUUUCAGAAGAAGCAGAGUAUUAUGAAUCGGAAAGCACAGAAGAAGAGAUUGGAAUGUCGAACGGAGAAAAGAAACGACCAGACGGAGAGUCUCCACAUGAAGAAGCUGCUCGGAAACUGAAAUUCAGGAGAGGAAGAGUUGUGGAUGCUGAAACUGUGGGUGAGAAGAGUGCAAGGAAGCUCAAGUUUAGAAAAGGAAGAGGUCUCGGAGAAGACAGAGCGCAAGAACCGCAAGUAAGGAGAAGCUUUAAGAAGAAGGUGAUGAUGGUGAGAAAGUUGUGUUGA